CCCGGACGGUGGCAUUCUACUGGAGGACAUUAGACAGACUAGACCAUGGUCGAGGCGGGCGAUGGCAACAUCAAGGUCGUUGUGCGAUGUCGGCCCCUCAACUCCCGCGAGCUCGCAAAGGGCGCCAAGCCGCUCAUCCGCAUGCAGGGCAACCAAACGUUCCUCGACCCGCCCGAGCCAGGGUCUGCACAGGCGGGGGCAGGUCGCGCAACGGAACGGAAGACGCUAGCGUUUGCGUUUGAUAAGAGCUAUUGGUCGGCGGGGCCGAAGGACGAGCCGGGCUAUGCAUCACAGCAGACGCUGUACAAUGAUCUAGGGACGGAAUUGCUAGACCACGCUUUUUCGGGCUUCAAUGCGUGUAUUUUUGCUUAUGGGCAAACGGGAUCUGGGAAGUCUUACAGUAUGAUGGGAUACGGUGCCGACAAGGGAAUCAUUCCUUUGACAUGUUGUGAACUCUUCAACCGCGUAGAGCAGAAGAAAGCCGCGGACCCCAAUAUCAACUUUCAGGUUGAAGUCUCGUAUAUCGAGAUAUACAACGAGAAAGUCCGAGACCUUCUAAACCCUAAGAACUCGGGCAACCUAAGAGUGCGAGAACACCCAAGCUUGGGCCCGUACGUGGAAGACUUGUCAAAGCUAGUGGUCAACAGCUACGAUGAGAUGAUGACGUUGAUGGACGAGGGUAACAAGGCGCGUACGGUGGCCGCUACUAACAUGAACGAGACCUCGUCGCGUUCACAUGCCGUGUUCACACUGCUGCUCACGAUGAAGCGGCACGACGUCGAUACCAACCUGGACACGGAGAAGGUGUCGCGGAUCAACUUGGUCGACUUGGCCGGGUCGGAACGUGCCAACUCUACAGGCGCUACAGGUCAACGGCUGAAGGAGGGUGCGAACAUCAACAAGUCCCUUACCACGCUCGGUAAAGUCAUCUCAGCGUUGGCGGUGGCCAGUCAGGCGGAAGGAAAGAAGAAGAAGAAGGGCGGAGAUGAUUUCGUGCCUUAUCGUGAUUCCGUCUUGACAUGGCUGCUAAAGGACAGUUUGGGCGGGAAUUCCAAAACAGCCAUGAUUGCAGCCAUCUCGCCUGCCGACUACGACGAAACACUGAGUACCCUCCGCUACGCUGAUCAGGCCAAGAAGAUCCGGAACAAGGCCGUCAUCAAUGAGGACCCCAACGCCAAGCUUGUGCGCGAGCUCAAGGAGGAGCUCGAGAUGCUUCGCGCGCGGGUCUCGGGCUCGGGCGGGGCGGAGGAAGUGUACGACCCGAAGAUCCCGCCGGAGAAGCAGAAGGUCACGUAUCAGGCGAAGGACGGGACGCUGAAGACGGUGACGAAGGCCGAGCUGCAGGAGCACCUUGAGCAGAGCGAGAAGCUGAUGCAGAGUUUGAAUGAGACGUGGGAGGAGAAGAUGAUCAAGACGCAGGAGGUGCAGAAAGAGCGAGAGAAGGCACUGGAGGAGCUGGGUAUCACAGUCGAGAAGAAUAAUGUAGGCGUACAUACGCCUAAGAAGAUGCCCCAUCUUGUGAACUUGAACGAAGAUCCCCUCAUGAGUGAAUGCUUGAUCUACCAACUGAAGCAGGGUCAAACUAUGGUUGGCCGAAUGGACAGUGCCAAGCCUGCUGCCAUCAGGCUCAGCGGGGAGAAUAUCUUGGAGGAGCACUGCUACUUCGAGAACAAUGAUGGGAAGGUCACCCUCCAUGGACUCCCCGACGCUGUUACGUUUUUAAACGGUCGGCAAAUUACUCCCGGCCAACCGUACAAACUGAAGUCUGGCUUCCGUAUCAUCAUGGGUGAGCACCAUGUCUUCCGGUUCAACAAUCCCGAGGAGGUUCGCAAGCAACGUGACCGUGCUGCGACCAAGUCGAAACUGUCAAUAAGUGCGUCAGCUGCCGAUCUGGAAGCAGCUGCCGCUGCGGACGGUACCGCCUCUCCUGCCAUCCCUCCGGAAGAGACCUCCAGCUCUGGAGAUCCUGAAGACGUGGACUGGACAUUUGCUAAGAGGGAAGCUGCGUUCUUCAAGUUGGGGUUGGAUCCUGCUUUGGACAACCUGCCAGAUGAAGACUUGAAUAAGCUUUUCGACAAGAUCGCCAAAGUGAAGACUAUGCGUGACCACCAUGCGAAGUCCCGUCCGGAGAGCAGCCUUAGUCAAGCCGAUGACAUAUGGAGCGAGUCGGGCAGACCACUUGCCAGCGACGCGUUCACGGAUGAUACCAGUGUGGAUGUCUGGACGAACCAUAGCAGUCCUGAUAUCGGCGGCCCUCUGAAGGAUGUGCAGAAUCAACUGGAAACGCAACGCGUGGAAUUCGAGUCUCGGCUGCAGGCCAUUACAGAGUCUUCUGAGGCUGAGGACCUGAAGGUAGAAAAGGAACAGAUGGAGCAUCAGCUGAGGCUGGUCAAGAAUCAUAUGAAACGCCUCAUAGAUGCCCGGGCUCGUGGCGAAGACGUCGAGAUGGAACCUAUUGAGCCGGUCUUCUAUAGUGCGAAACAGCUUCGACUGAUACGCAAGGUCCUGGACAAGUGGCGCUCGCAUCGUUCGUUCUCUAUGGCGGAAGCGGUCCUAUCUAACGCGGUGCUAGUGAAAGAGGCCAAUGUGAUUAGUAAAGAGCUCGAGAAGGAUGUCUCUUACAAUUUCACCAUCGCCUCCGGAGGUUCGCUGGCUCGACCAGCCUCUGCAGUAGAUACUAUUGCGGGUCUAGACGAAUUCGGAGACGUCGCUGACCGUGCGCUGGCGUCGGCCACGCAGCCUUCGGUAGCCAUCAAGGUACUUGACAAACGUCACAAUGCCAUCUACCUGUGGUCUUUGGACCGUAUGCAGCAGCAAAUACAGCGAAUGCGCAAUCUUACAACCUUCAUCGAUCGGCCCUCUUAUUCCAGGCAUUUCUCCUUGGAAGACGCGUUCUACGACUCGCCCCCUCCCGAAUAUUCGUUCAUCGGGAAUGCCUUAAUCUCACUUGCCCCACUGUAUCGCCGUCUAUCCUCUACCGCCGUUGUACCUAUUUUCUGCAGGUAUACAGCAGAGGCAAUCGGCUCGUGUCGCGUGGAUAUCAAGAUCGUGAACGUCGUGCCUUCCCAAAAAUUUCAGGCGGCUUCGAGUGCUUCGACGCGCUCUUCAUCACCUGUACCGGGAGCUGUCCCACCUGGGAGCAAGCUCAGCUUCUUCCUGACCGUCGACUCUGUCAAAGGUCUAUCAUCUCACGAGUUCUCCUCAGUGCAUCUCCAAGUUCGCCUCUCUUCCUUCGUUGGGCCUACCAUCACUGCUGAGGAAGUAUUCCCUUCGGUGGCCAUAGACAUUGACAACUCAUCUCUGUCAGAACUGAAGUUCCGACGUGCCUUCUCGAUCGCAGCAACAUCGAAGGUCUUGGCUCAUCUACGUCAAGGGUACGCGCCCAUUGAAUUCUUUGCUUCGGUGCGACCGACGUACCUUGAGCGUUUGGAGCGCUGGGAUGAAUUGCGAGAGCAGAAAGGCUAUUUCCAGGGAUCGUCAAGUACUCCGCAGGAACCCGAGGCCCCGCCCAGUGUUCCACAGCCUAUGCGCCGUUCUGAGACAGACUUUGUUGUCGAACAAGUUCAUGACGUAGUAAUGUGGCUUCAAGUCUGCGAGCUGGCGCCGGACGGUGAAUAUACCCCCGUGCCCGUGCUUUCUCAAGGGCACCUCGACCCCGGCUCCUUCACAUUGCAUCAGGGUUUACAGCGACGUCUCGCGAUCACUCUCAAUUCUAGCUCAGGUCGUCAGCUGCCGUGGGCAGAGGUCACGAAAGUUCGAUUAGGUAACGUCCGACUACUGGACGCAAAGGGACGCGUGCAUGAGUCGACAUCCAAGGCUCUCAUUACCUUGCCGCUACUUAGAGAUCAAAAAGUUGAUUUCAAGCCGGACGGGACGGGUUCACUGGCUGCGGAGGCUCUCUGGGACUCCAGUGUGCAUGAUUCCGUCCUGCUGAACAGAGUUACAGCAGCGAAUCAGCGUGUCCUAGUGCAGCUGAGUCUCUCAGUGGCCGUAGAGACGUGUGCCGAUCCCAUUCCCUUUAACGUAGACGUCGCAGUGACAAUACGCACGCGGGACGCCAGACCUCCUUCCAGACUCAUAUCAUUCUUGGGCACGACCAAGAUCCUGACCAAGACCAGUAGCGUCUUCAAUGUCCGUCUCACUCCUCCCUUGACCCGUUCACCGAAGGAGCUAUGGCGGCUGGAUACGUCAGAAGUUUAUGUCCGUGGUGAGGAGAGCCUUGCGACCUGGAAGCCUCGGGGGGUGUCGGUAGUCGAAGACUACGUACGGCUGGUCAAGACAGAGCGACGCGCGGCAGACGUUCAGGCGGUACGCGUUAUUCUGGCAGCCUCCGCACAGAAACCCGCACCGGAAGGCCUUGCCACCUGGGGCUCGGAUGACUUGCUCAGGAAGUCUGUGGAGCUGUGGCAGAAGAAGUUCGGCCAUCAGGGCGAUAUCGUCAUCAGCCAAGAGCCUUCAGAAACCGAUGGUUCCGCUUCAUCCCCUGGCGUUCGGACGCCUGAUGUAGAAUCCCUGGAAUCAAUGAAACUAAUAGGUAACUCGAAGCUGGUGCCCCGCAGUGAUACGCCGACAAAGAAAGGCCACCUCAUGAUACUGACGGACGCUAGUCAGAACACCUGGGAGAAACGGUGGUUUGUUCUUCGAAGACCCUACCUUCAUAUCUAUUCCCAUUCAAAUGAGUUAGAGGAACUCGGCGUUGUUAGCUUAAGUGGCGUCAACGUCGAGAGCAAUCCGGAUAUGGAAACAUUACUAGGAAAACCAUUCGCGUUCACGCUCUUUACCUCAUCGAACUCUUACGCCCUAUCCGCUCCCAACUUAAAAGAGCUGCAGUCAUGGACAACUAAGCUUGAUCCGACGCGCCUUCCUUCCUGACACGGCGAGUCACGUCCCUCUUUGUGAUCGGUCGCUUCACGUAUAAUAUCUCUAUUCGAAAAUAUUGUUCAAUUGCAUACCCCCUUGUCGUCUUAUGAUAUCAUGUUUAGAAUGUCGCAUUGCAUACUUAUCCACAUGUAGUUUUUCUGUUACCACCACACGACUGUCAUGAACUGAUGUCUUCUUCAUGUUGUCUCC